ACGCGCACCAACACAUGAUGUCACUAGAAGGGGAGUUUGGGAGUCUCCGAACUGGACCAACACUUCCAUUGAAUGUCUCCUCUUUCAACAGGACUGCUGCCAUGUAGCUCAGAAAGGACACGCCAUUGUUUUUGGCGAGCAGGAGUUUCAAGUUCAACAAAAUCCGGCUAACUAUGGAAACUUAAACGAGAGUCUUGUCCGGAAGAAGAAUACCGAAAGAAUGGGCGAAGAGAAAAGUGUCCGAGGUCGCCAGGACCGAGACCGAGACUUUCGCCUAUAGGGCGGCUCCAUGUCCCCCUCCUGCCCGUGCCAGAUGCCUACGAAGACGGCCCCUGUAUCCCCAGCUCCCCCCGUACCGCCGAGGAGGCUCCGCGGUCGGGACGCAGGCUCGGGCAGGACGCGGCGGCCCAGGGCCGGAGGAGCGGAAAGGCGGGUGAAGUGUGUCCUGGUGGGGGACGGAGCUGUGGGCAAAACCAGCCUGGUGGUCAGCUACACUACCAACGGUUACCCCACGGAAUAUGUCCCCACUGCUUUUGACAACUUCUCGGCAGUGGUAUCAGUAGACGGGCAGCCAGUGAAACUUCAGCUCUGUGACACAGCUGGGCAGGAUGAGUUUGACAGGCUGCGUCCGCUCUGUUACACCAGCGCGGACGUCUUCCUGCUGUGCUUCAGCGUGGUCAGUCCCGUCUCCUUCCAGAACGUCCCCGAGAAGUGGGUUUCCGAGAUACGGAGGCACACCCCUUCCGCACCGCUCGUCCUUGUUGGGACUCAGUGCGAUCUCAGAGAAGAUGUCAAGAUUCUAAUUGACCUGGCUAAGUACAGAGAGAGGCCAGUGGACCCAGUGGAUGCCAGGGAGUGCGCGGCUGAGAUUGGUGCUGUGGCCUAUGUGGAGUGCUCAUCCUUAACCCAGAAGAACCUGAAAGAAGUAUUCGACACGGCCAUAAUGGCCAGCCUGCAGAACCUCAGCUCGCAGAAGCACUUGAGAGGGAAACAGAAGCGUCGAUCAAAGCAAAGGCAAACACCUGACAAGAUGAAGAGUUUAUCCAAGUCGUGGUGGAAAAGGUACUGCUGUGUGGUGUAAAGGGCCUGGAGUACGGAGUUUGGGUCCUCCUUAACUUUGACUGCAACCUGGACUGUCUGGUCUAAAGGAAAAGGAUGUUGCGCAGAACCUCUCCUGGAGUCUUGUUGAGAAACCAAAGAUAUAUUUGUCUUACCAUGGAAAACAUUUACCAAUCAGAAGACUUCAGCAAACUUGUGUCUGAGAUUUAACUAGACUGAUCCGUGAUCAGACUGGAGGAUUUUUGUUGGAAUUUACUGGUCGUGCUUGGACCGGAAGAAGAAUGGAUAAAAAGACCAGAAAGUGGAACAUUUGUAAUCUGUGUUGGAAGUGUGCGCUCAAUUUUCUUUUUCUGUUGUCUUACUUUAUGUCAGAUUUGGUCCAAAGCCACUUGGACAAGAACACCUCAUUUCCACCAAGGACUAUGAUUCAAUUUAGUUUGGUAUGGUACACCGUUUUUUUGCAUUUCCAUUGUAACCUGUGCCAAAAUGCCUUCCCGCUUUCUAAAGGGGUACUGGUCGCAAUGGUACUGUACAGUGUUUUUGAUAAAAUUCUGUCCACUGAUUGAACAAUGGAGGAUAAUCGAAAGAAAACACAAAGCUCCAUUUAAAAAAAGAAUAUGGAUCACGUUAGAAAGCGAAAAGCUGUUUGUCAGUACAUGGCACCGCAUCAUGUUUUACAAAGCAUUCAGCCAACGCAGUUAUCGCCAUUGCAUUCACAGUAUCAAUUAUGUGCUGGAAUGGUACCACUUAGUGAAGGCUCCACCUUUGGUUCACCAGCCCUCAUUUCACUCUUAGAUAAUAUUUUAAUUGUUUGCUCAGUCUGACUUUAAAAAUAACACCAAAUCAAAAAAAAAAAAAAUAUAUAUAUAUGACAAUUCCAGUGCCAAUAUGCUCCAAUUCCUAUGAAGACAUUGGACUCACAAGUCUAACAAUAAGAGUUUCUAUGUGUGUGUCACAUGACCACCAGCAUGAUGUUGUCAUGUGACGUAUAGUUUCUCCCUCUAAACUUGGAGUCCGAAGUAGACUUCAAACCAUCCAAAGAAUGUGUAUGUGACGUGUUAGCCACUUUUCCUGACAUAAGUCAACCGGAAGAAGGUCAAUACUAAGAUGCUAAAAGCAAGUGUAACAAAGGCUGCCACUGUCACAAAUUCUACAUUGCAUCACUAGUCCCUUAAGUUUUUCAUGUACUCACCAUUGUGAUGAAACCUAAGUGAUAAAAAUCAAAGUUUGUACCAGGAAGUUAUAUCAACCUCCUCAUCUGCACCGAGGAACUACACACAAUGGCGUCUAGUCGCGAUAACUGCCAAUCUCCUGCUUGUUGGAGUGACUGACUCAUAUCCAUUUCACUCUUUGACUUUUUGCUAAUCACAAAAUCAGCAUGCUUUUUUCCGUCGCCAGGUGCAGAUUGUUGAGGCUUCAGGCGCACGCAAAUGAGGGAUUCAGUCAAGUAUAAAGUCUGGAUGGACAAAACAAUUGGGUCAUUACCAGUGUUGGGAGUGCUGACUAAGUGGUAAUCUAAUACUCUUAAACAUUAAAAUGCAGUUACUGACAGUGAAAUAUGUUAGUAUGUGCUGAUAUUGAACAGCUUAGCCCACCCGUCUCGCUCAGCCAAGCACAGGACAGGUGCUGUAAACAAGAGUUUUUAACAGUAACAGACACCUAAGUAAUGAUGAUUACUAGAAAUGGUCAAUACUACAAAUUGGAGUAUUGAGCCUGUACCAAGUAGUUACAUGGGCAGUAUUAUGCGGACAUAGAUACUUCAAAAGUUCAAUCAAGCUAAUUGAAUAAUUAAAUUUUUCAUCACAAUUAUAUUAAGAUAAAACCACAGGAUGGCGUUGUAACUAUAUCAAUGAAAUAUUUAAAUAUUUUCCUACUAUUGGCUCUGAUUUAAAUCCUUUGAUUUUUAGCCCUAAAGCUCCACUCUGUCCAGGGACUUAUUUCUUGAGGAUGUAAACAAUUACAAAAAUGUUUUUAUGAUUAAAAAUAUCAAUCUAACCACUGUAGUAUUGACAAUAUGCUGAUACUUUACUUGGUAUCGUUACUAUCAAUAUUUGUAUCGAUCCGGCCAUCUUGUUACUUUUGAGAGUUCUAGCAAGCGGUUAGCAUAUCUUCUACAGCGUGCAGUGCAGCUAUUACUCGUCCUCAAGGGAUGAUACUUCUAUGAAAAAUUUUUUUCUUAAUAUAUAUAGUCAAUAUGGCUUACCCUAUAAUCAUUACCUAAAGUAGGAGUGCCCAAACUGUUUGCCACCAAGGGCCAAAGAGAAAAUGUGCCAAUAGGCCUCGGGCCAAACAGUCAUUCUAAGUGUACAGUAGCUUCAUGAAUGAGGAGUUUAGUCCCAUACGUAAAGUUGUACACAUCAUCAUAUUCAGUAUAUGCCAACAAGUUAGCUUUGUGGACAUGCCAUUAAUGAUUGUGUGAUCUUGAAAUAGAUCAGUAUGAAUAUGUAUUUGGGAAGCCACACUUUGCCCCUGUGCCUCACUUUGGCCAACACUGAGCCAAAGAAAUUCAAAAGUAAGCCGACCAGGUGUUGCUACAAUGGUCUACGAACAGCAGACAGCCACACAAGACAACUGGAUGUGAUCUGUUCAGAUAAAACUGGUGUUCACGUCACUGAUGUAAAAGGCAAGAACAUACGUGUGACAACUACAGUGCUUGUCCUCACCGAAACAUCUCUCAGGUCCAGAUUAUUUUACCUGCUAUCUAAUUACAUUCCGUUACUCUUUCGAAAGUAACAACUAUUUACGUUUUUAAGAAUGUUGCCCAACACUGUUAAUGACACAAACAGGAAGUGUAAACAGAGUAGGAAAGUUGGAGUUUGGGGAACAGUGGGGUCUUCCCCAGGCGGUCCCCACAAAGUCAGAAGCGUGGCGACGAGUUAAGAUUUAGCACGAUGAAUUGCAAGGGCAGUGCUCCAUGUUUUGCAAACGUGUAGGUAGGAAAAAAAAGACACAUUGAAAUGAGUCAAACCCUUUUCUGUUACCAAAGUCAGAACAAAACCAAAUAAUUGUACCUUUUCUCCAAGGUCUCUCUGCCUCUGAACGAGUGUUUUUGCUUUUGGUGCAUCCGCAUCUAAGGGUGUGAGCAUGAUUUUAAAGCAGCCCUGACGCUGCCAAACUGCAUAAGAAACCUGUUUUUAAGUAUUCCUCUCAGCCUCUUGGUUGUGGUUGUAUGCCCUAGAACAGGGGUGCUCACACUCUUUCUGAAGACGAGCUACUUCUCAAUUGACCAAGUCGAAGGAAUCUACUUCAUUCAUAUAUAUAAUUUAUAUUUAAUUAUUUAUGAAGGAGACAUUUUUGUUAACACGUUGAAGGUGUUUAAUGGUAACACAAGCAUGUUUAACACAUGAAGACAAGAAUAUAAUUUGGUGUAUUACCUGAUUCUGAUGACUUGCAUUGAUUGGAAUCAGACUGUAGUGCUGAUAACGUCAACAUUUUCGAAUGGAGGACAAAAAAAAGUCCUCCUUUCUGUCCCAUACCAGAUGAAAGUGGUUAGUUUUUGGCAUCUUAUUUGUCCAGCUUCCAUACUCGUUUUUAUACAUUUUGCAAGAAAUACAUUGGCGGCAAACUCCGUAGGCUGCUAUCUUGUGCACGCUAGCUUUCUGAGACUCUUAUUUUGUUAGCGCAGGCAGGAUGAAGCAGGGCUUUUAUUGUGAAGACAGCAACUGUGCAGUCUGUCUUUAGAGUUUUGACAGCAGGUACGGCGCAAGAGUCCGUUAAAAUAAAAAGUGUUUCUCGCCCUCCUCUCGGUCAUGUUUUCUUAAUAAUGAUCUCGCAGCAGCCAAUGUCAUCUCAGAAGACCCUCGGGUGUUGUGAAUGUCAAUGAAGUGACGAAAGUGACGUCGUGGUAAAGAUUGAUGAUCACAAAUUUUUAGGUUUAUUUUUUUAAUGCUUGGUUUGCGAUCGACUGGCAGACCCUCCACAAUCGACCGGUAGCUCGCGAUCGACGUAAUGGGCACUCCUGCCCUAGAAGGUCAUUGCAGAAAGUCUUCCUCAGGACAGUUGCUACAAUAAUAAUUCAGUAAUUCCUCUUGGUCUUCAAACUGAUGAUUGUGCUGUGUGCCUUUGUCUUGCAUUGAUUAUAAUGACGGCCUUUUCAGAUGUGAGCAACCCCUCAGAAAUGAACAUUUUGCUGAGGUUAGCUGAAAGGUGUUUGUCUUGACUUUUCUCAAGCUGCUGUGCAGAAAACCUCACCCUUUAAAAGCAGUACUGUACGGCAAACAUUUAUUUCCGCACCGAUUGCAAAACUAAUCUAGUGUUGCUAUGAUCCCAAGAUUAACUUAGUGACACUUAUCAGCUUGUUAUUGAAUUUUCUAUCAGCAACACCAAAAAGUGACUCGUGAGGAUAUACUUUUUUUAUGCAAACCGACCAGUUUGGCCACAAGAUAUAUAUCAAUAUUUAUAUUUGUGUGCGUGUGUAAAGUGGUAAUGUGAUGGCCAUAUUGUUUCUAGCCAUGCAAAUGUUCCAGCUGCCCGUAAUUGAAUGGCUCCACUGUGUCCAUCCUCAUAGCAAAUGCAUUGUUUGUUAGCAGGGAAAGUCCACACAAAGAGGCCUGUCUUGCAGUUUGUGUCUCUUGCAGGCUAAUGCAUGAAAAAGUAGGCCAAAGGUGACACAGAUCCUCAUGUAAGUUGAUAUCUCCGUCAGUCAAUUUACAUUUUCUGAAUUAUUUUAAACUAUAUAAAUGAUUCUGAUAACUACCUGGCUUCCUUUCACAAGCUUACUUUUAACUCAAGCUGCAAGCCUGUAUACUGUACUGUAUUUGUGUUUCCAUUGACCGUGCAUUCUUUUCAGAUGGACCUAAAUCACAGAGGAUUUUUGUACAAAGGUUUUAUACUUUAAGAAAUAAAGGAUAUUGCUAUUA